UUUUUUAAAAUUCGAAUGCUAAACAGUAGUAACCAACACUUCACGCAUACAAUUUCCCUCGUCCCCAAUCACAAUAUAAAAUUAUCGUUCCAGCCAUCGAGCAACUUGUCCGGGCCGAAGCCGUUUGGCUCGUCCAUAGGCUCGGCGUACUCGCCGUCGCUUUCACCGCGCUCAGCGCCGAUGUCGCCCGCGCGCCCGGUGGCCGUGCCCGCGCCCGCCCCCGCGCCCAUGCCCGCACCCUCCGCGCCCCUCACGGCUCCCUUCGCACCGAAGGCACCUGUUUCAAUGUAUAAAGCCAAGAAUGUAAAAAGCAUUGUGUGGCCCCCACCGAAUCCUCCAGAAGACGAAACACCUUUGACAAACUUUUCAGAAAAUGUUUCUAGUAAACAUUUAGGAGAAACGACCUUCGUUUCCUCUGAAAGUAUGUCAAAGAAAGCUACUGCUGAAUCUAAAGUAGCCAAAGAGCAACUUUCAUCAGAUGACAAUAUUUCACGAGGAUCACCACCUCGAAGUCGUCCUUCUACUCCAAGCCUUAUAAAUAAACCUGCGCCAAUAAUACCACAUUAUCAAAUGAAUUUAGCUACUGUGGAACAUUAUGCGCCGGAAAGUCAUGUUUAUCAGCCCUCUGGUGGGGAAGGUAGCCGUACACCAACUCCUAAGCCAAGGCCUCGAACACCUUCCCAGGGUCCAACAUUCAAAGCUCAGGCUCCUCGUAUAAAAGACAAUGCCCCUCAAUCUUACUCAAACCAAAAUCAGCCUUUUUCACACCAACUACCCUCAACAUUUCAACAAGAGCUAAAUUUAACUCAAACUAAUAUGUGUAGUAAUGAAGUAAAAAAUCCAUUAGUAAAAGAAGAACAGCGCUCAAAUGUUGAACGCCAAUCUGAAAAUUACAAAGAAGGAAAUAUGUCCAUAAAAAAAGAUAGCAUGAUGAAUCAGAAUUAUGGACAGAGACAGAUGGAAACACAGAAUGUUGCUGAGUAUGGUAACACGACGGUGCAAACAACCAGAAAAACAUUUGAAGAAUAUGAACAAAUACAGUCAGCUAAAAUGAUAGAAAUUAAAAAAGGUGCUUCAUUGUCUUCUGAUUCAUAUCAACCUGUCGAAGCUUUAGUUCGCCCAUCUGCUAUUAACUCUAAAAAACCUUCUUCUGCCAUGAGUUUUACUCCUACUACACAAAGUUUUUCUUCUAAUCUUACUAAUGAAAAUGUGGAUACCACUAGACAAACUCAUAAAGCAGCGUUUGAAAUGAGUCCUUCUAUUUCUGGUGCUAACCGUGAUCCGGUGUGUGAUCCUACCCCGUCAACAGGUUCCAGUGUAGGGGCUGCCGCUCGUGGCAAAACAUUUGGCGUGUCAUCGGCUCCUAAACGAGGGAGGGGAGUUUUGAACAAAGCUGUACUACCUGGCUCUCGCGUUCCUCUUUGCGCUUCUUGCAACGGGAACAUUAGGGGUCCAUUCAUAACGGCUUUGGGCCGUAUUUGGUGUCCGGAGCACUUCAUCUGCGUCAAUGCUACGUGCCGUCGCCCCUUGCAAGAUAUCGGUUUCGUUGAAGAGAAUGGUCAAUUGUAUUGCGAAUUCUGUUUCGAACAAUAUAUUGCACCAUCGUGUAAUAAGUGCCACGCAAAAAUCAAGGGGGAUUGUCUUAAUGCUAUCGGAAAACACUUCCAUCCCGAGUGUUUCAGCUGCGUUUAUUGCGGCAAACUUUUUGGAAACAAUCCAUUCUUUUUAGAAGACGGUCUACCAUAUUGUGAAGCAGACUGGAACGAGUUAUUCACGACUAAAUGUUUCGCAUGCGGUUUCCCCGUGGAGGCGGGCGACAGGUGGGUCGAGGCGCUCAACAAUAACUACCACAGUCAGUGCUUCAACUGCACGGUCUGCAAAAAGAAUCUCGAAGGACAGAGUUUCUUCGCCAAGGGAGGACGACCUUUCUGUAAGAUUCACGCCCGCUAAAAGUCCACCAAAAAUUAUUUAUAACUCUGAUACUGUUUAUUCGACUAUUACUUUUCGCCCAGUCUCUCUUUCUCCUCCUAAGCCAUCUCUAAAUACUAGUCCACCACAAAGGACCAGGAAAUUGGAAACACCCCUCCACUUUGAUGGAGGGCUGUUUUCCGAUAUUAGAAGUACGGAUGGAAAACUAUUGAGUAAAGUAACUGUAGACCAUGUCCACAGCACUACAAAACACGAUGUGACAGAUUCGCCUAAUUUGUCUGAAAGCUUUGGACCUGAAGGCAAUAAAGCCAUUAUUGACGAUAUUAUCAAAACUGAAACGAUUGUUAAUGAGGAUGUGAUAAAAGUUAAAUUUACUCCUAUUCCUCCUGAAAUUGAUUCAAUUUCAAGACUAUCGCCUUUCUUUAAAAACGGAUCUCUGACUCCAAUAAAUUUUAUAAAAAAUGAUUAUGAUGACCUUACAAGUUACCAAAUUGUCAAUACAUUGUGCAAAGAAAUGCAUCUACUGCAUCCAAUUGAUGGGAAAAUUAUUGAAAACGAAUCAAAUCAGAAUGAGCUAAAGUUAAUUCAGCGGGAACAUAGUCCAUUAGGUAACACAGAAAUACCAAUAAAACUGACAAACAUAGACUGUUACUUAGAAGAAACUCUAAAUAGAUUAUCUGAAACUAAGGAUAAUACUUGUAUGGAAAAUUUGGAUGUAGAAAGAGAGACAGUAAUUAAAGAUGCCCAUAAAAGACUUGGUCAAGAUAAAAUCCUAGAAGAGAGAAAUAUUAAAGAUACGACGGGUAAGAAUGAAGAUCAAACUGAAGAUGUAUGGAGGUCAUCUUGUACAACUUAUUCUGCUUCUGCUGAAGAUAUGUUUGAAAUAAAGUCAAAAUUGAACAGUGUCGA